GCGAAACCCCCGACCAUCUCAUUCUGUUUCUUGCUCGAAUUGACGCUCCUCAAUUGUUCUGGUAGAUCGUCAAACUGUGCUUGAAGAUGGCAGUUCAUCUGUUUUCCUGGUCUCCUUUGCGCAGCUUCGGGUCGACCAUGAGCUCCAUGGUUGCAAGUCGGUGGAAUUCGACUCUUGCGACAGAUGCCGCUGCUCACCAACGUACUGCCAGCGUCAACCAAAGACCAAGAGUAUUCAGCCGCCGUCGUAUUCCGAACCGCCAAAGAUUCAUCGAGGACCAAAAGACGCAAGGAGAGAGUCGGAUACUAGAAAAAUACCAGACCCGUGACUGGCGGGCGGGCGAUAUUUACACACCCCAUGAUCUUAGCGCUGCCGAAAUGAAGAAAUGGAGGAAGCGCUACAGUCCGGCCACAGAUGCUUUUGAUUCUCUGAAUAUGAACCCUUUAGACUUGUACAAGAACCUUUCGAUCAUGUCCGAGUAUAUCACCCCGAUGGGGCGUAUAAAGCAUAGAAACACGACUGGCCUACGACCUGUCAACCAACGAAAAAUUGCAAAGGCUAUCCGAAGGGCCAUCGGUCUCGGUCUGAUGCCUAGUGUUCAUAGACAUCCAGAGAUUCUUGCGGCGGAACUGAAGGCGAAGGUAGAUGGAAGCAGCAUCUUUUAAUGGAGUUAUGGCAUGCCAACGUUGCACUUUUAUGCAGAUCCAGGGGAGGGUGGGAGAUCUGACUGCAAUUUUUCCUCGAAGACCCUCACUUUAGAGCCAGACAUUGUACUACUACAUUCAAAUAAAAUCACUACUUGGGAUUGGAA